CUCUGGCUCCUUAUUGGACGAUGGAGUUUUGAUGGAGUGUUGCUCCCAGCAUGCAGAUGAAGAUCAGCUGGCUCUCAGAUCAGAUCUCACUACUGUUCACCGUGUGACGACUUCCUGUGAGGACCUGAGUUUGUUUGUCCUGCAACUCCCCGACCUGAAGGACGCUGAGGCGGUGCAGAAGUUCUUCCUGGAGGAGAUCCAGCUGGGGGAGGAGCUUCUGGCUCAGGGAGACUACGAGAAAGGCGUGGACCACCUGACCAACGCCAUCGCCGUGUGUGGUCAGCCUCAGCAGCAGACUCUGCCUCCACCCGUCUUCCAGAUGCUCCUCACCAAACUGCCCAGCAUCAGCCAGGUAGGGGGACACGUCUCUUUGUCCUUCAUUUGGACCUUACGGGUCCUUCUGUCCUCCACGCAGAAAGAACACGAGAAAAAAUGUUUAGCGUCUUUGUUCUGCUCCUGCAGCGCAUCGUGAGUCUGAGCGAGGACGAUAUAGAAUGAGAGGACCAGGAGGAGACGACCCCCCCCAAAACCCUCACCCUCAUCUUCAUCAUCUGGACCUUCCAAGACGUCCCCCCCGACGCCUCGGCCUCCAUCACUCCGGGCCGCCAACCAUCACUUCCUGAAGGGGAACUCGUUUCUUUACUCCUGGUUCAUCCAUGACAGUGAUG